GCUCUGGCGGCAGAGCUCUCCGCCAUGAAUCCAGAAGAACAGAUUGUAACGUGGCUUAUUUCACUAGGAGUCUUAAAUUCCCCUAAGAAAAUAGUGGAUGAUCCAGAGGGGUUCCUGAAAACCUCUCUGAAAGAUGGAACUGUGCUUUGCAAACUCAUUAAUCGGCUUCUUCCGGGAUCUGCAGAAAAGUUUUGCCUGGAGCCUAAAAAUGAAGCAGAUUGCAUCAGUAAUAUUCAAGAGUUCUUGAAAGGCUGCGCACUUCUGAAAGUGGAGGUGUUUGAUCCACAUGAUUUAUACACUGGAGAUCAGUUCUCCAAGGUCCUGAGCACAUUAACAGCUGUAAAUAAGGCUACUGAAGAUCAGCUGUCAAAAGGGCCAUGUUCACAUCUGUCCUCUCUUAACUCCACGGCUGGAGACCCCCAGAGUGACUCCACCAGCACAGCUUCCCAGUCAGCAAGGGUGUUACGGAGGCAGUCCAAGCCUGUGGAGAUGACUGAGAAUGGCAGUCACCAGCUGGUGGUAAAGGCCAGGUUCAAUUUUAAGCAGACCAAUGAAGAUGAACUCUCUGUUAACAAAGGAGACAUUAUUUAUGUCACUCGAGUUGAAGAAGGGGGCUGGUGGGAAGGCACCUUGAAUGGAAAAACAGGCUGGUUCCCAAGCAACUACGUCAGAGAAAUCAAAUCUACUGAUAAACCACUCUCUCCCAAAGCAUUGAAAGGGCUAGAAAACACUCAGAUGACAAAGAAUUAUUACCCUGUGGUGUUGCAAAAUAUUCUGGAAACAGAACGAGAUUAUGCAAAGGAACUACAGUCACUUCUGGGAACUUACUUAAGACCCCUCCAGUCUUGUGAUAAGCUCAGCACUGGGGACACGGCAGCAUUGCUGGGAAACAUGGAAGAAAUCUCUGCUUUUCAGCAAACACUGAACCAAGCCUUGGAAGAAGUUGCAAAGCUCCCUGAGAACCAGCAGCAUGUGGGAGGCUGUUUCAUGAACCUGAUGCCCCAGUUCCGCUCCCUGUACCUGACGUACUGUGCUAACCACCCUUCAGCAGUGAAUGUCCUCACACAGCACAGUGAUGAGCUGGAGAAGUUCAUGGAGAGCCAAGGUGCGGCCAGCCCAGGCAUUCUCAUCCUGACCACAAGCCUCAGCAAACCCUUCCUGAGGCUGGAUAAAUACGUGACACUGCUGCAGGAGCUGGAGCGGCACAUGGAGGAGGCGCAUGCAGAUCAUGAAGAUGUUUUGAAAGCCAUCACGUCCUUCAAGUCCCUUGUGUCACAAUGCCAGGAGUUGAGGAAGAGGAAACAACUUGAGCUGCAGAUCCUUUCUGAAUCCAUCCAGCGCUGGGAAGGAGAGGACAUAAAAAUGAUGGGAAAUGUCAUCUACAUGUCCCAGGUUAUGGUGCAGUCUGGGGGAAGUGAGGAGAAAGAGGAGCGGUAUUUCUUGUUGUUUUCUAAUGUUUUGCUGAUGCUGUCUGCAAGCCCACGGAUGAGUGGGUUCAUCUAUCAGGGAAAGCUGCCUUUGACAGGAAUGAUGCUGACAAAGCUGGAAGAUGCCGAAGGGAAUGAGCACAUGUUUGAAAUCACAGGGAACAUGAUGGAGCGGAUCACUGUGUCCUGCAGCACCAGCCAGGACUUGCACGAAUGGCUUGACCACUUGCAAAGGCUGACCAAAGGGACAUGCAGGACCAUCUCCAAAACACAGUCCUGGAGUCCUCAUUCAACAUUUAGUUCAGCUGGGCAGAUCCGUGGGCCUCUGGAACCCCCCAAAAUCCUCAAGCCCUGGAGCUUGAGCUGCCUCCGUCCUGCUCCUCCACUCAGACCUUCAGCAGCACUGAGUUACAAAGAGAGGAUGUCUUAUAUCUUAAAGGAUUCUAGCAAAAGUCCAAAAACAAUGAAGAAGUUUCUUCCAAAAAGGAAAACUGAGAGAAAACCAUCUGAUGAAGAGUUUGUUAUUCGGAAAAGUACUGCUGCGCUGGAGGAGGAUGCUCAGAUCCUGAAGGUGAUUGAGGCAUACUGUACUGGGGCAGGCUUCCAGCAAGCUCUCAGCUCAGGCUCCCAUAAAGACUCCAUCCCCCAAGUCCUUCUUCCUGAGGAAGAGAAAAUCAUCAUAGAGGAGACACGAAGCAAUGGUCAGACGGUCACAGAGGAAAAAAGCCUUGUUGAUACAGUUUAUGCACUGAAAGAUGAAGUCAAAGAGCUGAAGCAGGAAAACAAAAGGAUGAAACAGUGUUUGGAGGAAGAGCUUAAAUCCCGGAAGGACUUGGAGAAGCUGGUGAGAAGGCUGCUGAAACAGACAGAUGAGUGUGGCAGGGAGGACACCGGGCGCAAGUCAUCCCUGAUCGCUUGAAUUCAUGGAGAAGCUGCUGGCAGUGGUGUGUGACCUCAGGUGUAUUUUUGGGAAGUGGAACUGGAUCCUUUGCCUCUUCUUGCUCCUUAUUUUGUUGGUUUGGGGUAUUUUGUUACCAAAAAAAAAAAAAAAACAACAAAAAA